UCAAUGUCAAAACUGGAUCAAUUUGUCCCCUAACCUAACUUUUCGUUGCCCCAUUGUUACCAGAAAAUAAAAACUAAAAAAAUGUAUCCUCCUGCUAGCGGUACGGGCGUUUACUCAUACUGUUCCCCAAAAGUAAUCCGUUUGCUACGUAAAGGAUGCACAAACAGACCGUUUUAUCACAUCGUUGUUGCUGUGAACAGAGCUCAUCAAAGUAGACCAGUAAUUGAACAAGUGGGAACAUAUGAUCCCAUGGUCAAUCAGUACAAUGAAAAGUUAGUGGCGCUGAACUAUGAAAGAAUCAGAUUUUGGAUCGGUAAUGGUACCGAGGUGUCCAGACCAGUGGCUCAGCUGUUAGGGCUCUCCGGGUUUUAUCCCAUUCAUCCCACUAGUUACAUGACCGCCUGGAGGAACAGGGAAAAAAUGGAGAAGGAAGUCAAACAACAGGCCGAGGAGGGUGAAGGGGAAAAAGACAAAAAUAGCAUUAGCCAGUAAAUAGUUUAUUUAUAAUUAGUAAUUUGUAUAUAAAUGUUUUAUUUUUUAAUAAAUAAUUAGGGAUA